CCGCCGUCGUCGGGAGAGGACCGGCGGUGAGAGAAAAAACAAUCCGAACCGCAGUCCGUGGUCUACGUUCCUCCGAGGCGCCCGUUUGCCCGAACGCGUGUGUUUGUGUCUGUGUGACGCGGUGCGAGUGUGUGUGUUUGCGUGCGUUGAGCCCUCCGACGGCGACGAUGAUCACGCGCAGACCUCGUAAUGUCGACGGGAUCUUACGAUAACGCCAAAUAACAAAUAGUAAAUAAUAAUAUUAUGAACGCGGUGCGCCGUUAAAGUCUCCGCCGCAAUACAAUAUUACCUAUUAUCACAAUAAUAUAGAUUUAGAUAAAUAUGUAAGGAUAAAUUGUUACUACACGGAAUACUGCAUUAAAAAUAUCCAUAGAUAUGUGAAUAUAGAAAUGUUUUCAAAAUCAUGCCACAAAGAGACCUAUCCGAGGUGGAGCCGGAAAAUGGGUGUGGUGAAGAAGGUUUUAUGGAAAAAGUGCGUGAAUCAAACGCUGCUUGUGAAUCUGGAGACUAUGYACGAGCUAUACAAUUGUAUAGUGAAGCUCUGCGUCACUAUCCUGAUAACCAUAUUCUAUAUUCCAAUCGGUCUGCAGCACUACUCAAGUUGGGCAGGUUUACAGAAGCACUGCACGAUGCCACUUGUGCCCGCCAAGUCAAUCCUAGUUGGCCAAAGGCACACUUCCGAGAGGGUGUUGCUCUACAAUGUUUGGGGAGGCAUGGAGAUGCUCUUGCUGUAUUUAGCACUGGGCUCUCCAUUGAGCCAAAAUCUACUCAGCUGUUAGCCGGUCUUAUUGAGGCUUCUAUCAAGUCUCCUCUUAGAGGUGUGUUGGAGCCUAUAUUUGAACAGUUACAAAGCAUAAAUCAUAAUGGAGUAACUUUGGACAAAUCUCCAUUUCUCGUAAUGUCUGUGAUAGGUCAAGAAUUAUUAGCAGCUGGGCAGUACUCAGUGGCUGUAGUUGUCUUAGAAUCGGCCCUUAGAAUAGGAACCUGUAGUGCUAAAUUAAGAGGCUCUGUGUUUUCUGCAUUAUCUUCAGCUUACUGGGCAAUGAAUUCUUUGGAUAAAGCUAUUGGAUACAUGCAACAAGAUUUGUUAGUAGCUAAGUCUUUAAAAGAUAUAGCUGGAGAGAGUCGAGCUCAUGGUAAUUUAGGAUCAGCUUAUUUUAGUAAAGGAAGCUAUAAAGAAGCGCUUACAGCACAUAGAUACCAAUUAGUUUUUGCAAUGAAAGCCAGAGAAAUGAAAGCUGCUGCAUCUGCUCUCACUAGUUUGGGCCAUGUGUAUACUGCAAUUGGUGACUAUCCAAAUGCUUUAGCAUCACAUAAACAAUGUGUACAGUUAGUCAAACAAAUUGGAGAAGUUCUUCAAGAAGCUAGAGAGAUUGGAAAUGUUGGUGCUGUUUAUUUAGCCAUGGGUGAAUUUGAAAGCGCGCUAGACUGUCAUAUGCAACAUUUAAAGCUAUCAAAAAAACUAGGAAAUAAAGUUGAAGAAGCACGUGCAUUUAGCAACUUAGGUUCAUCAUAUCACUAUAGGCGUAACUUUACUCAAGCUAUUAACUAUCAUGAAAAUGUCUUAAGACUCGCACAAGAACUUGGGGAUAAGGUGAUUGAAGCUAGAGCAUAUGCUGGACUUGGUCAUGCGGCAAGAUGUGCUGGAAACUAUUCUCAAGCUAAACAUUGGCAUGAAAAACAAUUAGAUAUGGCAUUAAAUACACAUGACAAAGUUGGAGAAGGAAGAGCAUGUUCAAAUUUGGGUAUUGUGUAUCAGUUACUAGGAGCUCAUGAGUCUGCAUUAAAACUUCACCAUGCUCAUUUGAAUAUUGCCAAAUCUUUACAUGAUCGAGCUGCUAUGGGAAGAGCGUUUGGAAACAUAGGAAAUGCUUACAGUGCUAUGGGUUUCUACGAACAGGCAAUUAAAUAUCAUAAACAGGAAUUAACAAUAUCAAAGGAAGUCAAAGAUCGAAACUCUGAAGCAUCUACUCAUGGAAAUCUAGCAGUAGCCUAUCAGUCUUUAGGGGCAUUUGAAAUGGCGCUUUUACAUUAUAGAGCUCACUUAAACAUUGCUAGAGAGUUGAAAGAUACAGCUGGAGAAGCUUGUGCCUUAUUGAAUCUAGCCAAUUGCUUAAGUACGCGAAAUGACUUUUUGCAAGCCAUUCCUUACUACGAAAACUACUUAAUGUUAUCUCAAGAAUUACAUGACAUAGAAGGGGAAGCAAAAGCAUGCCAUUUUCUGGGUUAUGCUCAUUAUUGUUUGGGUAAUUAUCGUGAAGCUGUAAGAUAUUAUGAUCAAGAUUUAUCUUUAGCCAAAGAUCUCCAAGAUAAGAUGAAUAUGGGUCGAGCUUACUGUAAUUUAGGUCUUGCUCAUUUAGCUCUAGGCAAUCUAGAAACAUCAUUAGAAUGCCAAAAGUACUUUUUAGCUAUAUCACAUAUGACAAAAAGUCUUCAAGCAAAACUCCGUGCCUUAGGCAAUAUUGGAGAUAUUCUUAUUAAAAUGAACGACACAGAGGAGGCCCUUAAAAUGUAUCAUCGACAAUUCACACUUGCCAGACAAAUUAGAGAUACAAACAUGGAAGCAGCAGCAUGUAGUUCUUUAGGACUAGCUAACAGAUAUAUCAAAUGUUAUGACAAGGCUCUAUCUUACCAUUGCCAAGAAUUAGCUCUAAGACAAGAAGUAAGUGACUUAAAAGGUGAAUGUUGUGCUCAUGGACAUAUUGGAGCAGUGUAUAUGUCUCUUAGAAAUUAUACAAAUGCAAUAAAAUGUUACCAAUUACAGCUYGAAAGAGCAAAAGAACUUAGGGAUAAUGCAAUUGAGGCUGAAGCUUUUGGAAAUUUAGGUAUUGCAAGAAUGAAUAUGGGAAUUUAUGAAGGAGCAAUUGGAUAUUUUGAACAACAAUUAGCUACUYUGGAACAGUUAUCAUCUCACACAUCUUUGAUAGAUAAAGGUCGAGCGUUUGGAAAUCUUGGUGACUGUUAUGACGCAUUAGGAGAUUUCGAUGAAGCUGUUAAAUGUCAUGAACAAUUUUUAACCAUUGCUGUACAACUUCAAAACCUUCGAGACCUUGAAAAAGCCUAUUGUUGUCUAGGUCAAUCAUACAGACGAAUUGGACAUCUUGAUCAAAGUCUAGUUUGUUUUGAAAAAAUACUAGUCAUUGCCCAUGAACUUAACAAUUCAGAGAUGAAAGCUUCUGCGUAUGGUGAAUUAGGUUCCAAUCAUGUUAUGAUGGGCAAUUACCAACAAGCAGUGUCCUGUUUGCAAAAUCAAAUAUCAAUAGCAAGAGAAUUAGGUGAUAGAAAUGUUGAAGCAAACGCAGCAUCUGCUCUUGGAUAUGCACAUCAAUUGAUGGGUCAGAAUAGUGUAGCCCUUCACUACCAUAAAUUAGAUUUAGAAAUUGGCAAAGAACUUAAUCAACCACUGUUGCAAUGCAGAGCAAAUGGAAACAUUGGAAAUGUAGAAGAAAUUUUAGGGAACUUAAAUGAGGCUAUUAAAUACCAAGAAGAACAUUUGUCAAUCGCUAGCCAAAUCGAUGAGAAAACAGCAAAGGCUGCAGCAUAUGGAAGUUUAGGAUCAUUACAUCAUACAUUAGGACAUACUAGUCAAGCAGUCAUAUAUCUCACCCAAGCCUUACAGAGUAUUGAUAUGACAGGAAAACCAGAUGAAGAAGGGCGUAUAAGAUAUAAGCUUGGAAUGGCAUUAUUAGCUGAUGGACAGUCUGAUGCAGCUAGAGGUCAUUUAGAACAAGCGUCUGAAUUAUUAGAUAAUGCUCUUAACACUAUUACCUUAGAACAUUCUCAUUCUAUUACUCAACUAAGAUUAGAAUGUUAUCAAGCUUUACAAACUGUGUUAGUACAACUAAAUAGAUGCGAGGAAGCUCUUUUAGUCACAGAAAAAUAUCGUAUUAGAGCAAAAACUUCUAGUCACAAUAURAGAAUAAAAUCUUCUCCAGAUUACCAUAAAAUAAAUUCUGUAGAAAGUUUACUUGACAUUGUGAAUAAACAAAAAGCUUCAGUUCUUUACUUCAGUAUAGCAUCUGGUUAUUUGUUUUCUUGGCUUAUUAUUCCUAAUAAAGGUGUUGUUAAAUUCCAUGAAACUUUAAUUCAAACUGAAAAUGGCAUGGAUAAUCUAUUGACACAGUAUCUAAAAGAUGUGAAAAGUACACUCAAUGUUCAGCAACCAAUAAUUGAUUCAGAUUUGAAUGAAGCUUGUCACUUAGACGAACUAGGAGAUAGACUAGCUCAAGAAAAUGAACGUAGUUAUUUAAGAAUGGUGAAUCGAAACCAUUUAUAUAACUCUAGUAACUACAGUUUGAGUAGUUUGUUCAGUGUUGGAAGCUUAGGCGGAAGUACUGUUGGAUCUGCUAGUCGACCUGGUAGUGUUAGAGCAAAGAAAACAAAAGCAUGGCUAAUUCCUGAUAGUCUGAACAAACUGUACGAGUUACUGAUAGCUCCUUUUGAAGAUUUUCUAUUUGCACCAUGUGCUUCUCAUAGUAAAGGUUGUUCAGCUAGAAAGGAAUUAUUAUUAGUUCUUGAACAAGAUUUAUUGUUGGUGCCUUUUUCAAUGUUAMACCCGAAGAUAGAUGAUGAUAGUCAUUUAUCAGGAGAAUAUCUAAGUGAAAAAUUCAGCUUACUCGUUACACCUUCCCUAAUGAAAUUCAAAGAAAAUCAAAGAGCACAAAAGAAAGCUGGAGUCAAUGAAUCUUCRAAUAUGACUACGCUUGUGGUUGGUAACCCAUUACUUCCAAAUUGUGUCAAUGAACAACUAAGUCUAAAUGAACUACCACAUACAGAACAGGAAGCUAGUAUGGUGGCUGAAAUGUUACAAACAAAACCUUUAAUUAAAGCGCAAGCGAAUAAGCAUAACAUUUUAGAACAACUUGUUAAAGCAGAGUGCAUUCAUUUAGCUACCCAUGUUAGUUGGGAAUUAUCGGCCAUCAUAUUAUCUCCAGAUGAAACUGAAACCAACCYGCAAUCUGAUAUGAAUAUAUCUGAAGUAUUAUUAACUACAGAAGAUUUAUUGUCUCUAAAGUUAAAUGCAAGACUGGUAGUUUUAAGUUGGUCACAUGCACGAGAUGAUUGGGCUACAUCAAAAGGACUAUACGACCUUACGAACGGUUUGCUCAUGGCUGGAGCUCAAUGUAUACUUGUAUCCUUAUGGCCAGUACCAAGUACUGCUGCUAAAAUUUUAUUAAGAGCAUUUUACUCUGCUUUAUUACAGGGAUCAAGAGUAUGCCGUGCUCUGUGUGAUGCAAUGCAAACAGUUCAACACACAAAACAUUUUUCUCAUCCAUCAAACUGGGCUGGAUAUUUUUUAAUUGGUUCAGAUGUACGUUUAUCUAGUAAAGUAGCAUUAAUGGGGCAAGCUUUAUGUGAACUUUUAAAAACACCUGACCRAUGUAGAGACGCUUUACGAGUUACUCUCCACCUGGUUGAAAAAUCUUUGCAACGUAUUCAUAGAGGACAGAAAAACGCAAUGUACACCACUCAAAAAAGCAUCGAAAAUAAAGUUGGUGAUGUUACUGGAUGGAAAGAACUUCUACAAUCAGUUGGAUUUCGUUUUGAACCUGCUGCUAAUGGUAUACCUUCUUCAGUAUUCUUCCCUCAGAGUGAUCCUGAAGAUAGACUUACUCAAUGCAGUGCUAGUCUACAAGCGUUGCUUGGAACGACUUCUGAUAAGUGUUUUUUUUUCGAUCUUACAGGAAACGGGCACUCUACCAUACUCCGACGUGGAACUCAUUCGCUACCUCCUAUACCUCCGAUCAAGAAACUACACAAGGCCAACGACAUUCUGGACAAGAUCGUGGCGGUGGACACCGAACCGAACCACCAGUCGGACGACGCAGACAAGAUGUCCCUGUAUCUUGCCCAGGUGCUGGACAUAUCGGAAAAGGAACCGCCGCCGUCAAAGGUUCAGCCUAACGUAGACGUGGUGAACAGCGGUCUGCAGGACCACAUCAGAACGUCGCAGCUGCGGAAGCUCAACUACGAACCUAAACCGACGAUCUCGGAAGUGUACCAUGAGCGGAAAAUCGGACUUGGUCUGGCGCCGUCCCUGCUCAARCUGCUGUCCCUCGACAAACAGCAGAAUCACCACAAUCACGUUCAUCACCAACAGCAGCACGCCGGCAAGGACAGCCGGUCCGGUUGGCUGUCGCCGUCGAUGCUGAAGAGGUUCGGUGGCGGGGACAGCGCGCAGGAAACGGCGUACGGCGAGCUGAACAAGAGGGACGAGGGCGACGGCCGGUCAGUUGCGGAGUCUCAGUCGAGCACCGGCAGCUACAGAAAGCGGGCCGACCACCUGAGUGCCGCUGCCGCCGCCGCCGCCGGGAUACGCAAUUUCGAGAGCCUCGUCGAGGAGGACAACGGCGGCGCGUCCAAAGAACCGAAAAUCAGGAUCAAGAAAAAAUCCUCUUACGCGCCCCCUCCGCCACCGGGCACAUCGUCGUCUUCUUCUUCUGUUACCAAACCUGCAUCUAUGACCGACUCGUAACGUGUCACUCAUCGCCGCGUUCUGCGAUGAGUAGCGGACGACGUGGAUUAACCGCGUGCGAGUCGUCUGUUAACGUGUUAUUAUAUUUUUCGUUUUUUUUUUUUUUUUUCAUCGUUUGAACAAUAUUUUCUUUACAAAAAUUUACUACUGGUGUAUAUAAUUAUUAUUAAAGUUAUUUUGUGUACCUAUAUGUUAAUGGGGAGUACACAUGUUCUUCCCCUCAUAGUCUUAAUGUGUAUUAAGUUUGUUUUACCUAUUGAAUACAAAAAAGUUACAAACUA